AAAGUGUCAAAUUAGAUUCGAAAGUCCUUGAACUUAGCGUAUUUUGUUUUGAAUUAGUUUCAAAAAUACUAAAAAAACUGGCUCAAUAUUUAAUAUGAGUACACCGAAUAAAAGGAAAGACAAUAUGGAAGACAGCGGUAUCAAUGCAAAAAGGCCUAAAUCUGAGUGUCCGUAUGCAGAGAAAUGUUUUAGACUAAAUCCUAUACACUUUAGAGAGUACAGUCAUGCUCAUUUGGAAUCAAUCCUAGACUCGUACACUGGUACUGGAGAGUUUCCGAUCCCAUCGAAGCUGUGCGGUCAGAGACAGAUGUAUGUAGACCAGCUUAAGAUGAUGGUGCACAAACAGAUAUACAAACAUGGGAGGAACUUCGAUAGUGAGGCUAGUAGUAGUACAGAAACUACACAGAAUAGCACAGAAGUUAAAACAGAAGAGGAGAGGGACACUCCUUCUACAUCUAGAAAGAACAUAGAACCGACACCGUCUAGCAGUAGGAGUGCAGAGAGUUAUAAUUCUUCUAGAAGUAGAGAGGGUGGGAGUAAGACUGCUAGAAGUACGGAGAGUGUUAAAGACAGUGAUUACCGCCCCAUAGUGCCUCCGACGCGUCGUGCGGAAGAUUUCCUAUCUGUUGUUGUUCCAAAAGGCAACAUGGCUGCCAAACACGCUAACAGCGCCCCCUACCACGUGUUCUAUACAACUAUUAAAGAUUCAAAGAGGACGCAUAGUCAGCCAUACUCUAUCACGUUUUUAGAAAUCCUAGACAGGAGUUUAGGAGAGUUGAAAUGCUCUCUACAGAUCAACUUCAUGGUGGAAAUAGGAUGGCUAUUGGCACAAUACUACUUCGCUGGUUAUAGUGAGAAAAAGCUAACAAUUUUAUACGGAGAAGAAUGUUCAGAAUUAAAAAAUAUAAGUCAGAAGAAACCGCAGGUGACUGCCCAUCAGGUCACCAUGUCUUCUCCGUUCGGGAAACAUCACACUAAAAUGAUGAUACUAUGCUAUGAGAACGGGUCGCUCCGGGUCGUGGUUUCAACAGCCAACCUGUAUCUAGAUGAUUGGGAGAAUAGGACGCAAGGCCUAUGGUUCAGUCCCUCCUGUCCGGAGCUACCUCCCGACGCGAUGCCUCAUGAUGGAGACUCCCCCACAUUAUUCAAAGCGAGUCUACUCCGAUACUUAAACAAUUAUCAUUUACCCAACUUAGCUUUUUACGUGGAUCGAGUCAAACGAUGCGAUUUCAGUCAUAUCAACGUUUUCCUAGUAGCGUCAGUGCCGGGCUCACAUUUUGACUUCGACUGGGGCAUGACCCGAGUGGGGUCACUCUUGAGGCAGCAUUGUUGCAUACCCCCGGAAGAGACCAAGAAUUGGCCUCUAAUAGCCCAAGCCAGCAGUAUUGGGAGCUAUGGGAAGGACCCUAAGCUAUGGUUGACCGGAGACUUCUUGCAUAAUUUCACUAAAAUCAAGAAUCAGUCGCAGUUGCUGUCGACUCCGCCGGAAUUGAAGAUCGUGUACCCGUCGUUAGAGAACGUCCGUCAGUCGCACGACAACUUGCUGGGCGGCGGGUGUCUGCCGUACGCGGGGGAUGUACAUGCCAAACAGCCGUGGCUGAACAACUACUUGUACCAAUGGCAAGCAAAAUUGACGUGUAGAAAUCAAGCGAUGCCCCAUAUAAAGUCAUACACGCGAUAUUUGAAUGGCAAGGCAGCGUUCUACCUCCUCACUUCGGCCAACAUCAGCAAGGCGGCGUGGGGGCAGGUGAACAAGGGAAAUGGAGCCUUAAGGAUCAUGAGCUACGAAGCUGGUAUACUGUUGUUGCCUAAAUUCGUGAUAAACGAGGAUUACUUCCCUCUUGACCUGGGUACAAGCAGAACCCGAGAGGCGAAGUCUUUGGUGAUACCAUACGACUUGCCCCCUGUUAAAUACACUCCCGACAUGAAAGCAUGGGUCUCUGAUUAUUUAAAUUAGUCGUUUCGCUUCAAGCUCCCUUGUGCGAACUGCUAGGGAGUGGAACUCCUUGCCGGAGUCUGUGUUUCCUGAUGGGUAUAACCUGGGUGUCUUCAAGGCCCGAGUGAAUAGGUUGCUUAUGGACAGACGUGCUCCAUCGUAGGCCGCAUCAUCACUUACCAUCAGGCGAGAUAGGCCAAA